AUGGGGGGUGCAUCUGGAGACCUUUGUUCCACCUCGGCGGGCGGCACCGGCAUUGGUCAUCAGGGCGGCGGUGGCGGUAACAAGAGUAGCAGCCGUGGUGGUGGCGGCGACGGCCCUGGCGUACCACGACGACGACGAGGGCUCUCCUGGAUGGCCCAGACCUGCAGUACAGCAACCCGGUCGUUCGACUGGUGGGGUGCUGCGUCCGACCCCUCAGAUGCUAUCCUCGUGGCGGCGAACGCCGUUGUGGAGAAAAUGUCUUCGGACGAGGAAUUCAGUGACGGGCAGUCAGCCCAUCACACCGUUCAUUGUGAACAACGGCAGACGUGAGGACAGUUCACGAAAUACGCGUUACAAGACGUCAUAUCGAGUGCCGGGGAAGCCUACACCAUCGCGGCUGCGCGUCUUACCAGCGAAGAGCUUGUCGAUCUGUACCGUCUACUCCAGCUCCCCCUGGGUGUGCAACUCCAUCGACAUACAAAAUGUAGUUCAAGUCGCAUUCCCAAACAUACCUGGAAAAUGCAGGUAACUUAGAGUAUGUUUGCACAAGCCCUUGACCGUUUCAAUCCCUGUAGUUGCUCAGUACCCCGGUGUACUUCUUUCAAUGCCCUGCUCUUCGCUUUUUGGGCCUAUUUGAUGCCCCGUGCGUUGUAGGGAGCAUACAGCGAGGUUCAUGAAUGAAUAUGAGGACAGUCGGUAUAGUCGGGACAGUCGGUAUAGUGGGGACAGUCGGUAUAGUCGGGACAGUCGGGGACGUCGGGAAAGCGGAACGAAAAAUGGCAAGGGCACCAUACAAGACUCGGAGUUUGCCACACAAACGGGAGAAGGAUUGAAGCUUUUCAUCAUAAUUGACCAGGCAUCAAGAUACAAGUUUUCCUACACCAAAGUCAUUCUUCGCGCUCAGAGUGCACAUGAGGACGCAGCACGAUAGUCGAGAUACGAUGUCAGCGAAGCAGCGGCAUCUGCAGUUGCUGCUCCAUCACGGGCUGGUGCUAAAACUGCAAGUGUCGGCAUCAACAGCGGCACCGGCAGCACCAGUCGCAGAGAUGCCCGAGGAGGAAGGUGGGUGCACAGACCGUCUGAGUCGAUGGUGUUCAUCAUGCUGAGGAACCGGAGACUCGUAUCACGGCCGUGCCUGGCUUGCUUCAGCAAUCAAGGUUCUGAGGUGACACGAUCGGCCUAGGAGAGCGGGGUAGCGGCCGCCAGACCAAAUAGAGGAGGAGAGUCCUCCACCAGCGUCGCGAACGAAGUGCAUGGCAACCUACCCAAUGCGUGCCUUCGAUGGCCAAGACAUUAUGUCGUACCUUGCAGAGUUGGUGGAUCAUGACCAGUACCUGCUCAUCGCUCCGGUGUCAAAGGCGUUCAGGCGCGCGUGGGGGCCUCGAGCUACGAUAACCCGCCCGGUGAUGGCCGACAUGUCCAUCACGCAGCUUAGGUACUGCUUGAAGCUCGGCCUGCCCUUGGGCAUCCGGCGAACAAGCAUCUGCAACGCCGCUGCCCGCUUCGGCAAGCUGGGCGUCCUUGAGCUUGCGAAAGAGUCUCUUGCGGGUGGACCCGGCGACUUGUGCUUAGGCCUCCAGGGGGGGACACCUUGGGAUCCUCAAAUGGCUUCGCGCGCAGGGCUGUGGC